AUGGUUUCAAUCCUCAAAUUCCGUAGAAUCUUAUACGGUGGUUUGAGACACUGUCAUUUUGAGGGGCGUAGUAGAAGUUUGGGUGAAAACGAGAAGCUAUGUAGGGUAGGGCUUUUCUGGGACUUGGAUAACAAACCACCCAGUUCAAUUCCACCUUACGAAGUUGCCAAUAAGCUCAGAAUUGCUGCAGCUUCCUUCGGUGUUGUUCGCCAUAUGGUAGCUUAUGCCAAUACUCACACUUUUAGCAUUGUCCCUCGUGUUGUUCGUGAGAGUCGGAAAGAGAGAGAAUUGUUGUAUAGUUUGGAGGAUAAGGGUGUGAUCAAACGUAACCAGCCUCAUCUUUGUCGUGUUUGUGGGAGAAAGUUUUAUACAAAUGAAAAACUUGUUAACCAUUUCAAGCAGUUGCAUGAGCGUGAGCACGCGAAAAGGGUGAAUCAGAUAGAGUCGGCUAGAGGGAGUAGGAAAGUGAAGUUGGUGGGGAAGUUUGCUAUGAAAAUGGAAAAGUAUAAGAAGGCUGCAAGGACUGUUCUGACUCCCAAAGUUGGGUAUGGUUUGGCGGAUGAGCUCAAACGGGCAGGGUUUUGGGUUCAAACUGUGUUGGAUAGACCGCAAGCUGCAGAUGUUGCAUUGCGAAAGCAUAUGGUGGAUAUGAUGGAUCAUAGGCGAGUUGAGUGCGUGGUCCUUGUAUCAGAUGAUUCUGAUUUUGUUCAUGUGAUCAACGAAGCAAAGCUGCGAUGUCUCAAGACUGUUGUUAUUGGGGAUCUUACUAGUGACGGAGUCUUAAAAAGGACUGCCGAUACUGCAUUUUCUUGGGAGGAAAUUUUGAUGGGGAAGGCUAAGAAGGAGGCUGUAUCGCUUCUGGAAAAUUGGAAAGAUCGGGAUAUAUUGAAAAGGUUAGAGUGGACUUACAACCCUGAUGUCGAUAAAAAGAAACUCAACCUGGAUGAUGAUGAUGAUACAUCUGGAGAUGAUGAUAUUGAAGAUAUCUGUGACGAAAUCGAUAAUGACUACAAGGAUGACAGAGGCUCUUGGUGGAAAUUAGACUCUGAUGAUGAUAAUGUUACUAAUUGA